CAUCCACGUAACCCAAAAUUGAAAAUGCCACCGCUCGUUCGUUAUAAUAUUCCAAUUAUUGGUCAUACUUAUAGUUAUUUGUAUAAUAGCGAAGAAUUCCUUAAAAAAUGUAGAAAAGAGUACGGUGAUGUUUUUAGUUUAUAUAUUUGGGGUAAAGUCAUAACUUUUGUUGGAAAAGAGCAUGUUAAUGAAGUAUUUGGAAGGGAUGAAUUUAACUUGAAAGAAAUAUUCAAAAGGACAAUUCCAGGAGAUGUUAUGUAUAUAAAUGAAUCUGGAGAUACGAGAUAUAACGUAAUGGUAGUUAAAGAUUAUAUCUCUAAAAGAUCAGAAUUAUAUAAUGAACGUAUGCAAAAGAGCCUUCAAUUGGGUAUUCAAAGAUAUAUCGGUGAAUGUAAAGAACAGAAAGUUCAAAAUCAUUUGUUCUAUCUUUUGACAAAAGUUAUCGCUGCUCCAAUUGCAAAUCUUUUUAUUGGUGAAGAGGAAUCAAAGAGUGACGAGGUUAUAAUCACAUUUGCAGAAUUUAACUGUGAAGUUGUAUUAUUUUAUGCAAUACCGCCAAUCCUUGACUUUAUUUAUCCGGGACUUCAAAAUUAUGUUAAUCGUAUUCCGGUUAAAUUAGGUUUAUACAAUCCAGCUGCCAAACAUCGAGGUAUAUUAAUUAAACAUAUAAAAAAUCAAGUUGAUAAACGAUUAAAAGAAAAGCGAGAAUAUUGUGAUUCGUGGAAACGUCCCGAUGACUUGCUUCAAGAUUUUAUAGAAGAAAAUACCUUUGAUCCUAAUAACAUUAAUUACGCCGAAUUGGCUGAUAAAAUGUUGAAAUUUACUUUUGUAUCUAUUCAUACAACAUCAAGAGCUUGUACAAAUGCUCUUAUCGAUUUGGCAUCUCGACCUGAAUACAUGCAAGAAUUAUAUGAAGAACAAUUAGAAGUUUAUAAGGAAGUAGAUAAAAAUGGUAUACUUCAAUUUGCGGCUCUUAAUAAGAUGAAAAAAUUAGAUAGCUUUGUCAAAGAAUCAUUAAGACUAACUGGAGAUAUAGCAUUACUUCCUCAUCUUUUAUUAAAAGAUUAUACAUUUUCAAAUGGGUUACAAGUACCUAAAAAUCAUAUAGUUGAAUUAUAUCUUGAUGAUAUUUAUCAAGAUGAAUCAUUACAAGGGCCAAAUCCGAAAUCAUUUGAACCAUUUAGACAUGUAAAUAAAAAUUCUCUGGCAACAAAGGUUAGUCGAGAAUAUUUGGUGUUCGGAGGUUAUAAACAUGCAUGCCCUGGAAGAUUUAUUGCGAUUAAUGAAAUUAAAUUCUUUAUGCAUAAUGUGAUAUUAAAUUAUAAUUUCCGUACAGAAAGUGGUGAAAUUGAAGAAAAAUUGAGAAUUGGUCCGGUAACAUUCCCAAGCGCUUGUGGAGUUAUUUUUGAAAAGAGAAUUAUAUAA